AAAAAUAAUACUCCCUAUGAAAAUAGGGACGGAAUAACACAGAUGAUUAGCGGCAAUUUCUUUUUGUUCCCGAGUUACUCCUGACACACAUCACCACGGAACCGGCAGCUUCCUUCAAAAUCGUUGAUACCACCCACCGCCGGCAAUGUCGGCGGCCAAACACUUGCAGUUACCGACACCUUUUGCCGCCGUCUGCACUCUCCAAGGCUCCAUCGUCACCCUUGCCGUUCUAACUUUAGUCUCCUUCAGUUGCAUCUCGCUGAAGUCUCUCAAUUCACCUUCGCUCGGAACCUCCACAAAUCCUUCUCCUUUCCAACACGACUUGGUAAUAAAUUCGGCAUCUAAUGACACUGAAAGUUCGAAACUUAUUGAAGCACCAGUGGAGUUAUUAUCACCUGUGGAGAAUCAAUUGUCAGAUGUGUAUCAUUCACCAGAUGUAUUCAGAUUGAACUAUGCCAAAAUGGAGAAAAAGUUCAAGGUGUAUAUAUAUCCAGAUGGUGAUCCGAAUACGUUUUAUCAGACUCCAAGGAAGCUGACUGGGAAGUACGCCAGCGAGGGCUAUUUUUUUCAGAAUAUUAGGGAGAGUAAGUUUGUUACAGACGAUCCAGAUGAGGCUCACUUGUUCUUUAUUCCAAUAUCUUGCCAUAAGAUGAGAGGAAAGGGAACAUCCUACGAGAACAUGACGAUAAUUGUACAGAACUAUGUGGAGAGCUUAAUUGCAAAGUAUCCAUACUGGAACAGAACACUUGGCGCUGAUCACUUUUUCGUUACAUGCCAUGAUGUUGGUGUGAGGGCUACUGAAGGGCAUCCAUUUCUCAUUAAGAACUCCAUUCGUGUUGUGUGCUCCCCAAGCUAUGAUGUUGGAUAUAUUCCACACAAAGAUGUUGCCCUCCCACAAGUUUUGCAACCAUUUGCCCUUCCAGCAGGUGGAAAUGAUGUGGAGAAUAGGACAUCUCUGGGGUUCUGGGCGGGCCAUAGGAACUCAAAAAUUAGGGUCAUCUUGGCGCGUGUGUGGGAGAAUGACACAGAGCUUGAUAUAUCUAACAACAGGAUAAACAGGGCCACUGGGCAUCUACUCUAUCAAAAGAGAUUUUACAGGACUAAGUUCUGCAUAUGCCCUGGUGGCUCUCAGGUCAAUAGUGCUCGCAUAGCAGACUCCAUACACUAUGGGUGCAUUCCAGUGAUACUCUCUAAUUAUUAUGACUUGCCAUUCAAUGACAUUCUCAAUUGGCAUAAAUUUGCGGUCGUACUCAGGGAGAAGGAUGUAUAUGAGCUAAAGCAGAUUCUCAAAAACACUACUCAAGAAGAAUUUGUGACUUUGCAUUACAAUUUACUUAAGAUCCAAAAACAUUUCCAGUGGAAUACACCUCCUAUCAAAUAUGACGCUUUUCAUAUGGUCAUGUAUGAACUAUGGUUGCGGCACCGUGUGGUCAAGUAUUGAGAUGCAACAUAGCAACAUGAACUUAACCUCAGAAGCUUGCUGGCUCUGAAAUACCACCGAGUGAAGUCAAAUAUGAUGCCUCCCUGACAAUGAACUUUACUUCAGAUACAUGCAUAAGGUUGUAAAUAACGGCAUGAUAAUUUGGUUUUUUGGUUUUGUUUUUUAAUCUGUUCUUCAUUCUUUAGUUAUCCCUUGCAUGUGUUUUGAUUAGUUCCUUCUCUUUUUACCCGUGGGAAGUGGGAACUGGAGGCAAAACUGACUGAGCUCAAGAUAAUCUAUUUCUCUGUAUGUUUAUAGGUUCUUUUUGUACCUAACAAGUAACCUCGAGCUGUGGAAAUUGCAGCAGUUUAAGAAUCUGCUAGGCAUGCCAAACUGAAAUAUUUGCACGGUUAGAGUUCUUAUAACGUUCUGUGUUAUCUACUGGGUGAGUGCUCGACGAGUGCUAGCAACUCGGGGGGUGGCUGUUUCGUUUAGCAAUCCAACUCGGCUCGUCCUGUUUUUUCGAGUUACUCGCCGAGUACUCGGCGUGUUUCUUGACUCAGGAAAAAAUCUUGAAUCGGCGAGUUACUCGGCUAGGCAUAAAUUGUUUUUUGUUAUAUCUGAAAAUUUAAAUAAAUAGGGAUAUUGCGGAUUGUAUAAAUAAUGAGCGGGUAUUUUAAAAAUUGGAAAUAAACCUUGAAAAGUCGAGGUUUAGAAUUAUUUCAUACAUCUACUCAUUCGAGCAGUUCCUCCUAAUCUCUAGGUAAGUUAUACUCUUCCAUGACUCUAUCUUCUUGUUCGUUCCUUCUUCAUUAGUUUUUUUCAUAUCUAAGAAUUAUGAGAAUAAUAUAUUAUUCCGUACUAUAAUUUCAGAUAUUUAUAUUCAUUUGAAAUUAGUUAUAUAGGACCGAGUAGCCUCCAAGUAAUCCCGUGUAUUCGGUCCUACUUGGCAUUCGCUACUCGGCCUGUCGGCCCUUGACUGAGUAACUGAGUUGCUACCAAGUAGCGAUGUAACUACUCAGAUAUCAUUAUUACUUUCCAGAAAACAAUCCCUUGGCAGAGACUAAGCCUUGCUCACUCAAGAUUCAAUCCAUGACUCAAUAUGGUGAGGCCACAUGUGACACUGAUUUGUCUGAUUAUAUUUUCCCAUCCUUUUAGUACACCUGAUGCGCUUCAAGUCCUGAGAUUGACACAAAUAUUCCUGUGCAUCAGUUCCGCACUUCCACGGGGUUGGGCUAGAGUUUUUUGCUUCGACCCACUUUUUGUUUGGUGGACUUGGUUCGGUUCCGGACAGGCCGGUCCUGAGUAACUUUAAGACUUAAGAGAGUAAACUGGUUUUGUUAUGUUAACCUAUGUAUAGGAAAACCGAACUGGGACCAGGGGCCAGGGGGUCCUAUUUUGCAGGAACCAGAAUCAGUUUUGGCUGAAUUUGGUUACCAGUUCGGGUUCGUAAUAUUAAAAAGCGGGUGCUGGUUCGAUCCUUUAGUCACCUGAUUGUGGUCAUGUCCCGUUUUGAAACAGGAUCCUACCUUAGCUUGUCUACUUGCACUUAUAAUUUGAUUUCUUGUGAUCCUGCUCUCGUUCCUUCUCUUGAAACUUGAAAGGGGAUAUUCUGUUCCCAGAAUGAGCUCUGUUCCAAACUGUCUUUCCAAAAUGAGUCUGCACACAAUUGGAAGGACUAGAAGAACCAGAACGUGUUGAUUAUAUAUUGUGGGAUAUGUUUUCCAUGACAAGUACUUUUAUAAAUAAUUCAGAAUCACACUAUGUUUGUAACAAAACAGUGAAACACAAUGUAAUAAAUGAAGUGUAAAAACAUUACGAAUCCAGUAUACAGUUUGUGCAAUCCUAUU